UACUCAACAGUAGCAUCAUUGUAAGACUUAACCAUCUUCAAGUGUCUAGCAUGUGACAGACACAUAGUUGACCAACUCCCCCAAUCCAAGUAUCUAAUCACGUUCAUUGUUCAAUCCAGUCCAUCACCAAACUUACACCACGAUCUGACGUCCCCCAACCCUCCACGCGUCGCCAAACCAUAGAUCACAACACUAGCGGGACACACACACAUGCAUCUAAUCCCUAUUCACACAACACAAACCCCACUCUUGUAUUAUUGACCCUUCCUCCCUCACCUCUUAAAUAUACAUAGAGCCAAACAAAGUAGUAGAGGCAUAAGCUAUUCAUCAACACACCAAAAAAGAGAGACGGAAGUUGCCCGGAAAAUGACGACCGUGAUGGGCGGCAAGCGUGACUUGAACUUGAAAGCCACUGAGCUAUGUCUGGGACUGCCAGGAGGAGGAGGAGGAGGUGGUGGUGGUGGAGGAGGCGGUGGGAAUGAGGUGGAGACUCCCAAGGCCACUGGGAAGAGAGGGUUCUCUGAGACAGUUGACUUGAAGUUAAAUCUUCACCCCAAGGAGGCUGUCAUGGUUCUGAAUGAGAACAUGAACACUGCUUCUAAGGAGAAGAAUCUCCUUCCCUCCUGCACUAAAGAUCCUGCAAAACCACCUGCCAAGGCUCAGGUUGUGGGUUGGCCGCCAGUUCGAUCUUACAGAAAGAACUUGAUGGCUCAGAAAAACAGCAAGGAGGAGAGCGAGAAGGUGAGCGGUGGCAGCAGUGGCAACACCGCAGCGUUUGUGAAGGUUUGCAUGGAUGGUGCACCAUACCUUCGUAAGGUGGAUUUGAAGAUGUACAAGAGCUACCAAGAGCUGUCUGAUGCCUUGGCCAAGAUGUUCAGCUCCUUCACCAUGGGCAAUUAUGGAGCUCAAGGAAUGAUAGACUUUAUGAAUGAGAGUAAGUUGAUGGACCUGCUCAACAGUUCUGAUUAUGUGCCAACCUAUGAAGACAAGGACGGUGACUGGAUGCUCGUCGGCGAUGUUCCAUGGGAGAUGUUUGUUGAUUCAUGCAAACGCCUUCGCAUAAUGAAAGGAUCUGAAGCAAUUGGACUUGCUCCAAGAGCCAUGGAGAAAUGCAAGAGCAGAGCCUAAAAAUCCCAGCUUUGAUCAUGCUGCUGCUCCUUUUCUUAGUCUUACUGGACAGAGGCAUGAACAGAAGCAUAGAUUCAACCAAAAGGAAACUGUUGAUCUUUUGGAUGUAUCAUGUGUAUUUUUUUUUUUCCUUUUUGUUUUUGUUUGAUGGUAUAUAGAUAUUAAGAAAAAACGAGAGAGAUCUGUGGACCUUUGUAAUAGACAAGAAACAAUAAGCUUAACCCUAUAUUGUCUGGCUUGUUUAUUAAUGCUUAUAAUGAGCUGGUUUGUUUAAUAAUCAACCUUGGUUGUGAUAGUUUUUUGUUGUGUGUUUUAUUCCCUCUUUAAUGCUACGCUUUCUUAAUUCUUUUUUCAUCUAUAAAGAUUCUUCAUAUCA